UACCGCUAUGUCCUCUAUUAUUAUUAUUAUUAUUAUUAUUAUUAUGACCAUUGUGGGUAACCUACCUGUCUAGUGUUUACCUACGAUUAAUUUUCCGUCAUCUGUUAAUUCUGUAGUUGAAAAGUGAAAACUAGAACGGUGUACGGCGACGGUAGUCGGUAAUGCAAGUCGUUUCGAUUUUACCCGUCCGACUGGGUUACAACUACGGACUACGUUUGUCUUGUUUCUUAAAAUGUAAAUGAUUUUACGAAAAAAAUCCAACUAAUUUCAUACAUGGGUCCGUUGGUUAUCCAUUUCGUUUUUCCUAUGUGCCAUCACUAGAAAUAACACUCACAUCUGUAGGUAAUCUAAUCACAUUAAGCUGAGACUUGAGAUUGCUAUUUGUAUAAAAGAAAUAUGCUUGCCUGUACAGAACUUUCAAAAAUGGACACAUGCAGCAUUCAACAAAUUACACUUGGAUCAAAUAUUAUUGUUGAUGGUUUAUUUUUCAAUGAAACAAAUAUUAGAUUAAAUACUACUGAGAAUGAAGUAAUACUAUCAGAUUCAUAUAGUGAUCAAAAAUAUAUUCCAACAGACACUCACAACAAAUCGAAAAAAGAUAAUUUAGAUGUUAGUAAUGAUAAAUCAAAGAAACUUAAACUUAAAUGUAAAAAAAGUCAACAAAUGUCCUUAAAUAAACUAAAUCUUAAUACUCACCUUGAAAUUCAAUCGCCUAUUAAACAGUCCUAUACAUGUACUGUUUGUCAAAAAUUAUUUCAUUAUAAAUACCGAUACGAUGCUCAUAUACAAAGUCACAAUGUUGAAAAACAAAAAUAUAAAUGUAAAAUUUGUGAUAAAUCUUUCACGCGUAAAUAUCAUAUUAGCAUCCAUAAUAGAACACAUACAGGCGAAAAACCAUAUAAAUGUGAACUAUGUGAGAAAUUAUUUUCAAUGAAACAUCAUCUCCUUUCUCAUAUCAGAACUCAUACGGGUGAAAAGCCUUACACUUGUGACAUGUGUAAUGAAUCAUUUACCCGCAAAGACAUUCUGAGCAAGCAUGUUAGAACUCACAUAGGUGAACAACUUUCAACCUGUGUAAAAUGUCAUAAACAAUUUUCUAUGAAAACAUACACUGGAGAGAAACAAUACUUUUGUCAUUUGUGUCAACAAAUCGAGCCUCAGUCAAAUAUUGUGAACAACAUUAACAUUAAUCAAAAUCUUGACUUUGACUUAGAAAUGUUUGACAAUGACAAAUGUAUUGAAGCAACAGACCUCGUUGACAUAAAAUAUGAAAAUAACAUAGAAAGUAUUGACAAUGAGACAAAGAUUCUUAUACCUGAAUCAAACAUGUUAACAUAUCAACCCUAUGAUGAAAUGCUGAAUAACACUAAAGAAUUUCAAUCUGAUGUAAAAUGCCUUGAAACAUUCUGUAGUGUAGAGUUUAAAGAAAAGCCAUAUAAAUGUCACAUGUGUCAGCAAUUAUUUUCUAAUAAACAAAAUCUUGAUUCUCACAUAAGAAGUCAUACUACAAAACAACCAUAUACGUGUACAAUUUGUAAGAAAUCGUUUUUCUAUAAGUAUCGUUUUGAUGCUCACAUAACUAAUCAUAAGAUGGAUAAAUAUAAAUGUAAAGUUUGUGAGAAAUCUUUUACAAGAAAAUACCAUUUUGAUACUCAUUAUAGAAUACACACUGGUGAAAAACCUUUUAAAUGUGAAAUAUGUCUGAAAUUAUUUUCAUUAAAACAUCACCUUAUAUCACACAUAAGGACUCACACUGGUGAGAAACCGUUUAAUUGUGAGCUUUGUAAUGAAUCAUUUCGCCGUAAAGAUAUACUUAGUAAUCAUAUUAGAAUUCAUACAGGAGAAAAACAGUUUGUUUGUGAUUAUUGUGAAAAACAAUUUUCUAUGAAACAAUAUCUCAUUAGACAUAUGAGAACGCACACUGGAGAAAAACCAUUCAUUUGUCAUGUGUGUCAAAAAAGGUUUUCGCAACGAUCUGGUCUUGAUUGUCAUAUAAGAAUACACACUGGGGAGAAACCAUUUCAAUGUGAGGUGUGUAAGAAAUUAUUUUCUAGAAGAGACAAUUUAACAAUUCAUAUGUCCACACAUAAUAUUAAUAUAGAGGUUGAAAAUCAAUGAUGACAGUUUAAUGAAAAUAUUUUUUAUCAACAUAUAUGUAUAACAAUUAAAAAGCCAAUUAACGUGUAUAUUUAUACACAUUUUAAUUCUAGUCCUAACUGCCUCAGCCAGGAAAUAUCUAAAUCUGGGAUAUGUAUCAAGGGAAUCCUUUUUAUUUAUACAAACGUUAUCUUAAUAUUUAUUGAUUUAUAUGAUUGUUAUGUAGUUAUAAUUCAAAAUGUAUUCUUAA